AUGACGCUACCAUAUCGCGACGGGUUUGAACCGCCCAAUUCACGAGCGGGGUUCAUCCUCUCGAAGGAGAGGCAGUCUGCACUAGCAGAGGUGGAUGGCGCGCAUUUUUCGUGGUUUCACUUCAGGGUGACGUUGAUAGCAGGCGUGGGGUUCUUCACAGAUGCAUACGACAUCUUCGCGAUAACCCUUGCGUCUGUCAUGCUCAACUUUGUGUAUUCCACCACAUUCAAUGCGAACGGCAACAUCAGCGUGCGCCCAAACGCAUCCUUGGCGAAUGCCGUCAAGAUCGCCGCGCCCGUGGGAACGCUCAUCGGCCAGCUCGUGUUCGGCCGCCUGGCAGACAAGGCGGGCCGGAAGCGGAUGUAUGGCAUCGAGCUCAUCAUCAUCAUCAUCGGCACCUUUGGACAGGCUUUAUCUGCCGACAGCACCGUCGGAACGAUGAACAUCUUUGCGGAACUUAUCAUCUGGCGGUUUGUUAUGGGGCUGGGUAUCGGCGGGGACUAUCCAUUGAGCGCAGUUAUCUCGUCCGAGUUUGCAUCCUCGCACAUCCGGGGCAAGAUGAUGACAGCGGUCUUCGCCAAUCAGGGCUGGGGCCAGCUCUUCGCCAGCCUGGUCGGGUACCUCUGCCUGCUAGGCUUCAAGAACACAUUUCCGUCUACAGGCGCGGCGGCUGAUACGAAGGCGGACAUCGAUCGUGCCUGGCGGAUCAUGCUCGGUCUGGGCUGCGUCCCUGCUGCCAUUGCACUGUAUUUCCGGCUGACUAUCCCCGAGACGCCACGGUUUACAAUGGACAUCGAGCGGAACGUUAAGCAGGCGGUCAGAGACAUCGAGACCUUUCUCCACACCGGAAAGUACCAAUUCGACGAAGAUUCGGUGGUCAUCCGCGUCAAUGCGCCCAGGGCGAGUUUCAAGGACUUCCGGCGCCAUUUCAGCAGAUGGGAGAACUUGAGCCUUUUGCUCGCUUGCGCGUACGCGUGGUGCGCGGUUGAUAUCGCGUUCUAUGGUGUUGGCCUGAACACAGACAGCCUCUUUUGCUCGAUUGGGAUCGCACGGUCUAUAAUCGGCUGCACUGUACCGGGCACGGUCAACGGAUCUAACGGCACUACGUCGAGCAUCCCACCACUGUCGGCCGGCGACGUCUUCCGGGAUCUGAUUGACCUCGCAGUCGCCAACUUGCUGUUUUCCGGCGUCGGACUCGUUCCUGGCUACUGGGUCACCUUCCUGUUUAUCGAGAAAUGGGGGAGAAAGCGAAUACAACUGAUUGGUUUCGCAGUACUGACAGUGCUCUUCAUCGUCAUGGAGCCCUCGUCGCUCUCGUUGUUCGGCACGACGUCGGGUACGAAGGCGAUGCUCGCCCUCUUCAUCAUCGCUGCGUUUUUCAUGAACUUUGGCCCGAAUACGACAACGUUCAUGGUCCCCGGCGAGUUGUUCCCGACGCGAUACCGCUCGACGUGCCAUGGUCUGUCCGCAGCGGCGGGCAAGGUCGGCGCGAUUGUGAGCCAGUUUGCGAUAUUCGGGAACAAGAGCCUGUCCACCGCUAACGCGCUGUUCGUGUGUGUGCCAUUCAUGGCGACGGGCUUCCUGGCGACGCUUCUUCUGGAGGAGACGAGCCAGAUGACCCUCGAGGAGAUGACGAACGAGCAGCAAGACCACUUCAUCGCUGGUGAGCUUCUCAUAUACUUUGGCCAUGGUGAGAAUUGCUGA